GGCUUGUCACGUUUGCCUCGAGGUUGUGCUGAUCGUUCCACCUCCAAAUACUCACUGUGCGACUCCUUCGCUUAGUUAACUCGCAUCCUGUCGACUAGUGUCGCUUGUGUCGCAAUGGUGCUGGAAGCGUGCCAUCACACUCUUAUCCAGUCGCGUACGAGUCGAGAACCCGCUUCUGAGGCGCAGGACUAGCCUUCGUCCCAUCCUGUCGCACGAUCGUGUCGCAUCCUCGCAUUCCGUCGCAUCCCGUCGCAAUGGUUCUCGAAGCUCGCCACCACACGCUGGUCCAGUCGCUCAUGAGUCGCGGGCCCGCCAAGGAGGCUCAAGCGAGGCAGCUGCAUCACGAUAUCUGGGCGAAGGUCGCGGGCGACUCUCAGGAGGAUUUUCUUACCUCAGUCGGGCGAAUCAACGCCGCCCUCUCGCUGCUGCAGCUGGAGUUGCGGGCGGCAGCCGACCAGGCGGACGGCGAGCUUUGGUACGGAGUGGUCAACCGGGCGGCAGACAGCCAGGGGAAGCUGGGGACGAGAUACAGCCACGAGGAGAUACAGUACUUCAAAUGCUUGGUGGAGCACAUAGUGACAGCAUCCAACGGCUCAGGAUGCAUCUCCAGCAUCACAGCACUCCACCUCACCCCAGCUCCCAGCUCCUCUCAGCCCAAUGCAACUCAAGACCCCCUUUCCCCAUCGUCCUCUCAACCUCCUCUCUCCCCUCCUGCCGCCCGCUCACACGCCCUCUCACUAACUGACAAGGAGCGCCUCAUUGCUGACCUGGCGGAGAACCAUUGGCUGAGCCUCGCAAACGACUCGAGGGAUGGCAGUAGUGGCGCUGGAAGCAGCAGCGGUGGUGGUGGUGGUGGGAGGAGGGGGAGUGGCGUGCAGGGGAGGGUGGGGCUGGGAGUGAGGACGUAUUUGGAGCUGCAGCAGUAUUUGAAGAGCAUUGAGGGGGUGGUGGUGUGCGACGUGUGCCACGAUGCCGCUGUCACGGCUGUGUGCUGUGCCUCUGAAGGCUGCGAGUACCGCCUGCACCAGUACUGCCUAGCUGCCAAGUUCCAUCGAGUCAAGCACCCCAAGUGCCCCCAGUGUGAUUCACCCUGGCCUUCCAGUGAGGAAGGAGGUAGGCCACCCAACCAAACCGAGGCAGCUGGUAGGGGCGGCGGGAAUAGGAGGAGGCAGGCAGGAGGACGGGCACGGAGAGAGGAGAGGGAUGAAGAGGGGGAGGAAGAAGAGGAGGAGGAGGGUGCGGAUGGAGAGAGAGGGGGGGAGGAGGGAGAGGAGGAAGAGGAGGGAGAAGAGCAAGAGGAGGCGGAGCUGGGGCGGAGGAGGGGGAAGGGAAGUGUGCAACCAAGAGCAGGAGAGAGGAGGGGAGUGAGGAGACAGGUGGUGGAGGAAGAGGAGGAAGAGGAAGAGGAGGGAGAGGAGAUUGAGGAGGUGAGGGAGGAGGAAAGGGACGUGAAGCCGGUUCGUAGAGGUGCAGCGAGAGUGGGUGAGCGGGUGAGCAAAAGGACGAGGAGAUAGGUGUGUACUGCUUUACGUCGUGGAACAGAGCUUAAGGACCAGGAGAUAGGCAGCAAGCAACGUGCUCUUUAUCCACUGCUUCCUUUCACAUAAUCUGCCUCACCUCAUGUGGUAUGGUACCUACAUGGUUUUGCAAGAUCCAUGUGUUAUGAGUCUAUUUUAUAGUCGACUCAAAGAUUGGCAUGGCAGCAACUUGUUUGUUAUCUGAGUGUUUCCUAUCACGGGAUCCGCCUCACUUCAUGUGGUACAUGGUCGGUUUUGCAACAUCCGUU